AUGGUGGAAGUGUCGCUUACAGUCGGAAAAUUAGACGCGUCUUUGGCUCUGCUUCUCACGAAAGAUCACCAUCUGAUUGAAUUUCCGACUAUUCUUCUACCGGAUGGAAUUUCGACAGGCUCAAUUGUCAAGAUAAAUUGCGAGAGAGAUCUCAAGCAAGAAGAAAUUGAAGACGCUGAUUUUGACAGAUUGCAAGACGAGAUUUUCAACACUUUCGGAAAGAGCGAGCCCAGGGACCCCUGUUUGAAAGUCUUGAAUGUGACGCAAACGUCCUGUGUUCUGGAAUGGGACCCUUUGGAGUUGGGAACCGCAGAAUUGAAGUCUCUCACCCUGUAUAAAAAUGGUACAAAGCUGGGACAGAUUAAAACACCUUUUACAAGAAAGAAUAUCAAACUGAGUGGUUUGCCUGUUGAUACGAGCUACGAAUUUCGAUUGAAACUAGAAACGACUGCAGGAAUCUACUAUUCCAACCUUAUUCAAUUGAAGACCCACAAGAUGACCGACUUGAGCGGAAUCAACGUUUGCGUGGGAGAUAUCAACUUUGAUAGCGAGCCUUUCUCUUUUGAUGACAUCGUAUCAUCUGUCGAAAAAAUCGGAGCAAAGCCUAUUUCAAAAGAAGUGAGAAUAGACACUACUCAAUUUAUUUGUACCGAGAAAACGGGCUCAGAAUUUGAAAAGGCUAAAACUCUUAACAUACCUAUCAUUCGUCCAGAGUGGCUGAAGGCAUGCGAGCUUGAAAGAAGAAUUGUUGGUGUUAGCAAGUUUUACCUGGAUUCGGACAAUCCGAUUUGGAAACAAAAGGAGUUCUGGACUACUGCGGAAUCGCUUGAGACCAAAUCAAGACAAUCAUUGCCUCUGCCCCAGAAUUCAGACAACCAGGAAGUUUCCAACAAUGUGGAGAAAGUGGGUCACGAAGCUGUCAACGACACAGUGAAAAGUUCAACAAUAGAUCCAAAAGAUGUGUUUGAGGAACCGUCUUUCAUCAAUUCCGAAGCCGAUGCUCCAGCUGUUGAGACAAACAUUGGAAUUGAUUCAAAUCGCGUCAAUUCAAUCCCAGAUCGAGCAGAUAUCGCCCCAAUCGUCAACAAAUCCGAUUCUACUACUGCAACGGACUUAGAAUUGCAGUCCAAAGCUGGGGAUGAAUUGAACACGGCAGAAGCAAGCGCUCAAGCUGUUCCCGUAGUUGAAGAAGCAUCUGAUCGACCUGCAGGAGUCACCGUAUCGACAGAGGUCGAUGAGACACCCGAUGGCGAAUUUCAGGAUCACCAAAAUGCAACUGUUGCAGCAAAUGCCCAGGAAGGCCAAGUUGAAUCCAAUCCCUCAGUGAAAAACGAGGCUCAACACGAAUCCUAUAAUGCUAUCCUUGAGGAAGAAGCGCAAGAUGACCAUAGCGCAUCAACUUCCAUUCGGGAAGUCAGCGAAAAGAAUAAAGUCGUCGAGUCGUCGACGGAAAAGGACGUCGCUAAAGACGAAACGAAGGAGAAGUCAUCAGACAGAAAGCCAGCUAACAAUUCUUCGAAGAAAAAGAAGGGCAAGAAAAGAAAAUGA